AUGGUGUGGUGGGAAGUUUCUUGGAAACCUCCAACAGGUGACAUUAUUAAAAAUAAUUAUGAUGCAUCAUUCGACCAGGGCACGAGAAAAUCAGUUUCCGGAAUAUUAGCACGAAAUAGAGAAGGUCUUGUAAUGGCUGCUUGUAUCUUUCCUUGGGAGAACAUUCCAGAUUCAAUGAUGGCGGAGGCAAGGGCGUGUCUGCAAGCAGUUACCAUCGCGAAGGAAAUGGGAUUUCAGGAUAUUCUUGUGAAGGGUGAUGCGUUGACCAUAAUCCGCAAACUAAACUCUGCUGAGGAUGAUAAGUUGAGCAUUAGUAGCCUGAUUAAAGAAAUCAAAUGGAGAGGUCAUAGAUUCAGAAGGUUACGUUUUGAGUAUGUACCUCGAGAGGCCAACAAAGUGGCUCAUGGAAUGGCGCUAGAAGGAAGACAACAUGAAAACCCCCAAUACUAG